GAUGAGACUCACUUUUGCGUUGGGAGUCGAUGCCCUCCGUUCGCGACAGUCGUUGACGCAUAUAUUCUUAUCGUCGCCAUUGAAGAGGUACAAUUGUAUUUCUACGUAUUCUUCAAUUUCAUUUUGAGUUUCUUUACUUUCUCCGGGAUAAACGCCAGAAACGAAGAUAUUGUUCAAGACAUUUUCAGUAGUUUGAAAGACAGAUUCUGAAUUGAUUGUCCUCUGCCUAAAGCAGGUGGGCAGUCAUAUCGAUAAAACGGCUUCGCAACUAACUUUCUUUUUGCAGGCGGCGAUGGGGCAAUGUUCCACGUUGCCUGCCGAGGGGAGAGGCUCUUCUUCAGUCGCUUCAAGAUACGAAAAUAUACAUGAUCCUGAACAGCGGCAUCGGCUCCGUUACGAUAGCCGGAAAGAAAGCAUGGAUUUCGAUCGAUUAUCUUCGACCGCGGAGUAUCCCCCACGUCGAAACCAGAAUAAGGGACACAGUCAAACCCAAAAGAGCGAAACCUUUCGUCAAGACACAGAGCAUCCUCAAGCGAGAGAUCCGGAUCACGAGCGCAACUUUCUCAAAAAAAUCAAUCCCAUGAAUUGCGACGCGCGGGAUGAGCCAGUACCGAUCCAAGCAACACCUCCCCCGCCGUCAAAUGCCGUUCGGCAGCGAUGUUACAAGUUAAACUUAGAUUCCGAAUUCACAAAUCUCUCAAGCUCACAGCGGCAGCAGCUAUGUUUGGGUCCAUUUUCUGAGCCUCCUCCGAUGCUCACGUACAGUUCGUCUGAAGAUUCCAGCACCGGGGUCGACGAUACGAUUGUGGCAAUGAAGACAGCACAAAUAUUCAGGGGUAUUACCAUCGGCCGUGACGGAGCAAUUUUAUCUCAAAAUGCGCGAGCAACAAGAAACAACAGAGGAAGCAAACAAAAAAGGAGUGAGAAAUCUCGUCAAGCAGCCAAGAUUGACAAAGCGAAAGAUCUCGUGGAAGAAACGCUGGCUACGGGGAAAGCUCCCGACUCUGAUGAUCCUGUCAACAUGGUCUCACUGUUCAUAGUUGGCCAAUACGACGAUAUGAAACAUCUCGUCCGAGACGGCUCGAAAAAGCUUAGAGAUGCCGAUGGUCUCCCAGAUGAAACUCUGUAUUCCACCAAUCUUCAUCGAAGUCCGUCAAAGGAUGCAUUCUCCACAAGCAAGGAAUCAGCCAUGAUCAGUCCUCGAAAACGUGCGUCGCCCCACUAUAUUUCUAGCCAACGAACGGCUGCCAUGCACUGUUCACAUCAGAUGCAGGUGACUGGGAUCCCGUAUUCAGCGCCGCCAAAAUUGAAAUCACAUCCACGCGACACACAGACUAUGCGUCGGGAGGAAUACCCUGGACCACGCAUGCACUCCUGCAACAAUUUUGAGGAUUCCAGCCACGUUCGUGGUACAAGCGACGGAGCUGACUGGACUCAUGCCUGGAACCUAUGGAACUGUGGGGUAGUGGGAGCGGCAAGUCCAGUGGACACGCGUAGCCCAAGGGAACGCAAAACACCGAUUUUUGAAGGUCGUGACUCACACUACAACACUGUCCGUGACAAUGGCGGAACACGUCGUGCGGGAUAAUUUUUCCUCACAGGCAAAGGCAAAAUGGCUACACUAUGAAUUACAUCAACUCGGACAGACAGGCUGAGUACCAUAGAUAAUGCGGUAUGCUGUUAAGCCGCGUGUCCUUUCGCUUAUUAUCACACGCCUGUAUUUUAUAUCUCAUGUUUCAUUAGUUACCGGUUAGAAAGGCAUUUUCCCGUC